AUGACAUGCGUGUUUCGGGACAAUUCAAAAGUACCAACGUAAUAAAAACUUACAAGUGAACUUAACUCUUUAUGCUGUCGUACCAACUAGAAGCGCAUAGCUGCACAGAAACUGGCGGCGGUAAGCCGCCACGGGACUAAGGGGCAGCCUUGGACAAUUUGUAAGUCGUGACUCGUGAAUUGACGAGGAGGAGAAAUAAUAAGAUCACGGGCUAUUUUAUUCUUAAUGCCGACUCAUUGAGCGAGUGCAUUGUGCGACUACCAUAUAAACCAGAUUAACUGAAAUUCAAUAUACAACAUCCGCAACAGAGGCCCGGCGGCCGCUGAGUGAAAAAGAACGAUCGAGGGCCAUCGGACUGUUGAGAAUUGGGAUCAAGUCUACGUGCAGCCAGGUGCAUACACCAACGCAAUUUUUCAUUUUUUGCAAGACGGAUAUUUGAUCACUUACGUAUCAAGCAAAAAUGAUCGUAACAUUAAAAAAUCUCCAACAACAAACGUUCACCGUUGAAAUUGAACCGACAAAAACGGUUAAGGAUCUUAAAGAUAAAAUUGAAUUAUCUAAAGGAUAUUCCGCAGAACAUCAAAAAUUAAUUUAUGCCGGAAAAAUAUUGGUCGACGAGCAACCGUUAACCGAUUACAAUAUCGAUGAAAAAAAGUUUAUCGUCGUAAUGGUCUCUAAACCAAAAAACAUAGGGGGAUCAAGCACCAGUGACGAGGUACAUACCGAUACAGAAGAGAACAAAGAUAAAGAUCAAACGACAACAGCAUCGCCAACAGUUACAGCCAGUAGCACACAACAAUCUACUUCAACGCCACCGGUUCAAACUACUUUACCAACUAGGCCAUCUGAAAAUACUCAAGAAGCACAAUCGGUAACAACUGGUAGAAGUACUAACCCACCAGAAAGUGCUUUAUUAAUGGGUGAAGAAUAUAGUACAAUGGUUAACAACAUUAUGGAUAUGGGGUAUGAACGGGAACAAGUUGAACAAGCAUUAAGAGCCAGCUUUAAUAAUCCAGAUAGAGCAGUAGAAUAUUUAUUGACAGGAAUACCUGCUCAACUUUUUGAAGAUCCUCCCGAGGAAGCAUCCGACUCACAAGACUCGCUUCAAGAACCAGGUCAAGAUCCCUUAGCAUUUUUACGCACACAGCCACAAUUUUUACAAAUGAGACAAGUCAUCCAACAAAAUCCUCAAUUACUUAAUCCUGUUCUCCAACAACUCGGACAAACGAAUCCUGUGUUACUGCAAAUUAUAUCUCAAAAUCAAGAAGCUUUUGUACAAAUGCUCAACGAACCUGUUGGAGCAAGUGGAGGUGGUACUAUUCCUGUUUCAACAUCUGCUGCAGCAACAACUGCUGCGACUCAAGGGCUCAGCAGUGGUGUGGGAACUGGUGCUGGCGGAGGUCCCGGAAUUUUACAAUUUACUCCACAAGAUAAAGAAGCCAUCGAAAGACUAAAAUCACUUGGAUUUCCUGAAGAUCUAGUUAUUCAAGCAUAUUUUGUAUGUGAAAAGAAUGAAAAUCUUGCCGCUAAUUUUCUGCUUUCACAAAAUCUUGAUGAUUGAGUAACUUUCGUGUAAAUUGACGACGUAUUUAUAAUAUGUUUUACAAGACGGAGCGAUUUCAUUGUUAUUGCCGAUCCGAGUGUUUCACUCCUUUGCUAUAUCGUACAUCAAUUGGCAAGUAACAGUUUCAUUAAUAAGAGAAAAAAUAAAUCUAUUAUUUGAAGUGCAGAUAUUCAGUUGAGAAAGGAAUCGUGUUAUCAGUGUUAUAGAAACAAAUUUUCUAUUUGCUUUAUUAGAGAUUUGUUUUGCAUUUGACUACAAGAAGUUACUGUUGUAUAGAGGGGCGAUAUUAAUUGGGAAUAAUGUUCGUGAAGAAUACUUGAAAUUUGGUAAACGCAAUGAGAAUGCAAGAUCAUAUAGGUACAUUUUAUGAAUGAUGUUGUGUAUGUGUCAGCUUUGGUGUAAUACAGCACACUUGUUCUUGUGUUCAAAUGAUGUGUGACUAUAAUGUAAUUGUAUAUAUGUACAUAUAUAUACGUCUUGCGUUCUCAUAGACUCUGUCUACAUUUCUUUAACGGUAUGGUAAAAUAUAUGCUAAAACAAGUGCAUAAAAGCUGCAUUGUAGAUUAUGCAGCUAUGUACUUAUGUAAGGUUAUGCGGUCAUAUAUGUAAAUGGUAUUUCUUUUUAGUAUUUUCUAUACCAUGCAUCAUAUAAAUAAUGUUUA